GUCACGACUCGUCAACAGACUAUCGAACGAGUUUCUAUCCACGAUAUAUCUGAAGAUUUCCUCCACAUCGGAUCUCCAGACCCCAGAAAGAAAAAGAAAAACCCCAUAUACAAACCUAAGCUACAGCUACAGCCUCGGCUGUUCCUUGUUCCUGACUAAAGCAAAUCCAUCGUACCGCUGUUAUCAGCCACCAUCUAAGCGGCAAAUUUUGCAAUCUUAGAACUGAGGACCCUAGUUAUCCAACUUGACCCUAGGGGCUUGUCAGUCUUAUUGUAAAUUCGAGAAUAACAUUCUGAAAACCAGGUGCUUCUCACUGCUACUUGGUUAAACAUAUUUGGGUGCAACAAAUAGCACCUUUCGUCAUAUUUGAAUUUGAAAAAGACACCAACCUACAGACAACAUGGUUGAAGUUCUCCGCGCCCCGUCCCUGGGACAGCCACUAUCACAAGGUUCACCCGACAUGAUGGACAUCUCGAGUAGAUUCCUCAAUGUGGACCUCGGUCCGGCCUCGGAAACAUCAGUGGUGGUAUUGCAGCAGCAGAAGGUGUCCGCAAAGGAAGCCGUAGCUAAGAACGGCCUCCUCUGGACACCUCGACGUGCUUUUUCCACAACUGAUUAUCCACCCUCGGUUAAUUCGUCUGUUGUCCUGCAGAGACAACACCGUCUACCCACUCCGCUUGCUACACCAAGAGAGUCUGCGGAGACAGACUCAUACUUCGAGUUCCACCCUCACGUUGCGACUGCAAAGCCGCAGCUCGCAGCUUCUCCGGUCGUACUCACUCCGCGAGGCAUAAACUAUGUCCAGCCCGCACGUCCACCCAUGCCAGUACAGCCAAGGUCGUACUCAGUGACGGACGUCGAGCCAGUCCCAUUUACACACCAACCGGGUGUGGCCCUUACCAUAGAGGAUCUCCCUCCCGAGCUGCACUACGCUAUCUUCGACUUUUUGGACCCCAUCGACAGCACGUGCUUAGGGUUGACAAACAAGCAUUUCUACUCGAUUCACAAGCGAAUGCACGGUAAAGUGCCGCUGUCAGCUAGGCGAGAGGGUCCUAACGACAUGGAAUGGGUGUGGCGGAACGCACUUAUAUCGGGUCCGUUCGUGGCUAGCAGCGGAGUAGGCAAGCAGAACUCGCUGGCGCUGCUAUCCCCACGGGGCCAGGUAUACUGCCGCAAGUGCCGCACGGCGCGCUGUGAGCUGCACAACCACAUCCGCGAGUGGGUCGGCGGCAACCAGGAAUACUGCGAGGUAUCGCAGAAGUUUGGCGCCGCCGCUCCCGAGAAGGCGAGGGCAUUCUGCUACCGGAGUUCUCCGAGACAUCCGCACCGCUGCGGUAGACACACGCGACAGCAGCGGCCCGUUCGGCUCGUGUAAGACACGGCCGGAGGGGACGGGGACAGUCAAAAUAAAAUAAAGCUAGUCAACUAUAAAAGUCAACUAUAAAAGUUGACUAGAGAACCGAGAAUAAACUCUAUUCUUGGGGAGGUCGAGAAAUACCUCAUUACCAACCAACCAACCAACCAACCAAUAUGUUGUUAUCUCUCUCUCGAGGGAGGCUACAUAUCCCCCGUGCCGAUGGAAUUGGUCAAAAGGCAAUGAUUGCGGGGUGCGCGUCUUGCAGGACCAAGUUAAGGAUCAUGAUCGGUCAAGAUACCGUACCGCAGACAUCUAAGUAAAAGGCUUCAAGUCACAUAUGUAUGGAUGAAUACAUGUUUGGGAAUAUUAACUAACUACCUGGAUAUAAAUAACGGACUUAAUGACUUAGUUACUUAACAGGUAGUUAUUGGAAUAUGGGUAGAUAUGUUUAUGACAUGCAUUGCAUAACUCUGCAUUGCAUGCGGAAGGGAAUAAGACAACAAGAGAAUGUUGACCUGUCGUGUAAGACGGCUUGGGAUAGCUUUUGUCUUGGAUUGCCUCGGAUGGGAAUUAAGAAUAGAAUUAAGAAUAAAGAACUUGGGACGAGUUUUACUUCAA